AUGGAUCAAGAACAGAAGAGAACUUUUGAUAAUACAUCAAGUUCUUAUCUAUCAUUAAAAGCUGAAUUAUUACGUAAAAAACAAGAUGUUCAACGAGCAUCGUCAUCAACUAUUUCAUCAUCAGCUAUGCUUAAUAAUUUACAAUCAACAUCAAGUUCAUUGCGACUUAAAACAAAAGCAGAUUUAGAUGUUGAAGUUUCUAAUCCAUCGAAAAAGAAGAAGAAAAUUGAAGAAACAAAUCCAACUCCAACACCAUCAUCGACUUUAUCACGUGAAGAUGAAAUAGCAUUUGCUAAAUCACGAGCAAUUCUUGAAGCCAAAUCAAAAUUAUAUGAUGAAAUUAUGUCAAAUAAUGAAAUGAAAUUAUUAGCUGAAGAUGAUGGCGAUGAUAAUGAUGAAUCAUUUCUUGUUGAUUUUGAACGUAAAAUUUAUGAAACAAAUCAAAAACAAACUCAUAUGGAAUAUACAGAUUCAUUUGGACGUACACGUUUAGUUACACGUGAUGAAUAUGAACGAUUAAAAUCAUCGGAAAAGAAAAGAACUUCUUCGGAAGAAAAAAUUCCAUCAAAUAAUACCGAAGAUGAAAUAAAUCGUGUUGAACGUUUACAUCGUGAACAAAUGCGUAGUAAAUGGGAAUCUGAUAUGGACGCGUUAAGAAAUAAAACUCAUGUACAUUAUCAAGAUAUAUUAUUUGAUGAAAAACGUGAACAUGGUAUUGGUUUUUAUAAAUUUUCAACAGACGAUAAACAACGUGCUGAACAAAUGGCAACGUUAAAUGAUUUACGAACAAAUACAAAAAAUGAACAAAUGAAAUUUAGCCAAGAAAAAGAAAAACGAACAGUAAAUAUGUCUGAUCGUUUAAAUAAAAUACGAUUAAGGAAAGCAAAAGAAAUGGGAAUUAAUUUAUCAGGAGAUAAUAAAGAUCAAUCUGGAAUUAAAUCAACACAAGAAAUACUUGAACAAGUACCAGUUGUAAAGAAUGAUGAAAAAGAUAAACAAAUAAAUCUUCCAGAAAUAACUAUUCAAACAACACAAGUACAAUCAUCGAAACAGAAUGUGCAACCAAUUCAUACUCAACAACCACCAUUACUGCAGAAUAAUAUUCCAAAUGGAAAUCCAUCGAUGGCUUAUCCAUUUCCUGUUUUACGGACUAAUACUCAUUCAUCAUAA